AUGAUGUUAGAAUCAUAUUCCAGUCAAGAUCUUGAGCAUAUUUUCAUGCUAACGCAAGUGAAUCCAAAAUGUUUUGAUGUAUUGAAAGAUAUUGUCAUGCUGGAAAGGACAGCUGUCUUCGACUUGAAAAUUCUUACAGAGGAUUUUUAUCAAAUAUUACCGGAGAGUGCAUUAUCAUGCGGAAGAGCAUUAGUGGAUUUAUUUCUUGAUUUGAAAUCUCUUCAACGAUUUCAUGAUGAUCAUCUUAGUAUGCUAGAAAUUAUCGUCAAGAAUUGGGCGGAAUGCUUGAAGAAUGGUAGUGCGGAACGGCCGCGGGUCGGUGAUCUUUUGCUAUGCUCGGUACAUAAUGCUUUGCAAUAUUAUCGGAAAUUUGUACAAAAUUCUCCAAUUUAUCUCGCAGCUAUUGAUGAAUUAACUCGUGUUAAUAGCACUUUUGCUAAUUCUCUCAUUAAACUUCAAAUACGAAAUUCUUAUAGUUGUAGCAUUAAUUUUUUAAUGCUAAAAGUGGUACAUCGAAUGGUUGUAUGGCAGAGGUUACUUGGAAGAAUGGUUGCUGCGCUUUUGGAAGAGAGUAAUGAAGAGACAAUAGCGCCACAGCUAAGUAGUUGUCGAGUUGCCGUGGAAAAGGUUGCAUCAUUUAAUGCUGAAAAAAAAUCGACACUUGAAGGAUUGGUUCAUUUUGCGAAAUUUGUUGAACUUGGAAAUGAUUUGAAUAUUGUUGAUGGCUUAACCGAUCCAAAUCGAAGAUUCAUACGUCAAGGAUGGUUAUGCAAAUGGACAAAACGUGGUUUUAUACCUUAUGCAGUGAUACUUUUUAAUGAUGCUCUAUUAUUUGCUUAUCGAUCACAAACAGAUGGUUUUAUACGCAAUGCUUUUUUACCGUUACGAGGAAUGACAAUAGAAGAAGGCGAUGCAUUACAUGUUACCAUCGAUCCAACCAUUUGUUUUACAAUACAAGCAGUUAGCCGGACAUUUUUACUAUCCGGUGAUUGUACAAGAGUUCGAGAUCUUUGGCUUGAAGAAUUAACAAAAGCUAUUCGAAAUGCUAAACAUUCCAGAAUUGAAGAAUUACCUCAAACUGAAACAUUUGGUACAAAAGUUCUUCCAACUAUGCCAUAUAGUACAUUGGAUGUAUGUUGGUAUCGUCAUGCCACUUUAGGAAUUAAUGCAAUUAUUGCGGCUCCGGCCAAUCAAAUGUCUGGAUAUUUGUUGCGUAAAUUCCGCAAUUCCGCAGGAUGGCAAAAAUUUUGGGUUGUGCAUGCAAAUUUUGCACUUACAUUCUUUAGAUCACAUCAGGAGCAUAAACCGGUAGCGAUAUUACCAAUCAUCAAUUAUCACAUAUCGUUGCCACAACUUAGUGAUAAAAUUGAUUAUGAUAACGUUUUCAAAGUAUCAUAUAAUACCCAUUGUUAUUUCUUUCGAGCUGAUAGUCUGUAUGCUUUCUCAAAGUACGUUUGCCAACAGAUUUUUUAUCUUUAA